AGAGAGAGAGAGAGCAAAGCUCGCGCGCACCCUAACGGUCGUGCGCGAGAGAAGGACGGCGCGAGAGCUUUUUAAAGUCGCGGGGACACGAUCGAAGAUGGCGAGCUGCUGCGCGGGUAGGGUGGCUCGCUCUCCUCCGACGGCGCAGUCUGGCUCUGUGUGAGUGCGACUGCCAGCAGCGGACGCCGCCACGAAGGGAAAGCUCGCGGCUAUCCGACACUCCUCGUCGUCCUCGUCGUCGUCGAGCUCGCAAGCUGAGCUUCGCGAUAUCUCUCGUGCGACGGACGCUUCUAGCCCCUGCUGCCUCGGCGCUAACUAAGACUUCAACUCCAGAAGGAAUAGAAGAGAGAAGAAACUAACGCAGUUAACUCUCGGCUCGAUAUAUCCCUCAGCGGAACUGGUAAAAGCCGAAAAAAAAUCAAGAGUCAGAAAGAAGGUGCGUAGCCGUAGGCAAACGAUAAAAAAGAAAUAUACACGCUGUGACGAGAAGUCAGCGGCUUAAUUGGACUCGAGCCUUAUCUCGUGUUAUAUCCACUUGCUCUCGCUGCGGCAGACCGAGAGAGACAGCGCAGGCACGGGCCACUUAAGCGCGGUAGCCUAAUCGAAAAAAAUCCCGGCGCGGCUGCCAAAUUAAGGGCCCCGCUCUCUAUACAGAACGUAUAUCGACUAGUCGUCGAUUUCACCCCCCGGCGGGCGCGUGUCCCGUAUAAGCAGGGGAUAGCCCCAAAGGAGCAGCGGGUAAAGAGAGAGAGAGAGAGAGAGAGAGAGAAAAAAGAAACCGAAAGAAGCGUGCCGAGGGAUAAAAAAGCCCGACGCGUUAAUAGGGGCGUUAUAGGGAGCGAUCGAGAGAGCCGUGAAUAAUCGGCCAGAAAUCGGGUGAAAUCAAACAUGAGGAUUCCACGCAAACUCAAGAGGAAGAAGGCACUUAUUGGCCAGCGGCGUUUUUUCUCCAAAGGCGACUGCUAUUUCGCCUCGUAAUAGAGAGCGUGCGAGAGCACACCCUAUACCCAUCCAGUGUAUACUCAGCCGGUCGGCUAUAUAUAUAGUAUACACGGUAUAGUCUCCCCUUUGGAUUUUUCGCGCGCGCGCGCGCGAGAGAGAGAGAGAUAGAGAGAGAGAGAGAGAGAGAGAGAGCUAGGCAGCGGUGCAGAAUUGGAAUUCCCGGGCGACAUCGAUGCCGCCGUGGCUGCACAUGUGCGCGCGGUGACCACUGCUGGUCUUCUCCGCUCUGCGAUCAGGGGAGGAAAAUAAAGGCAUCGCAUUGUGCCCAUACCCUGUAUACACACACGCAUAAAGACACUGCAGCAGCGCAGGGGUGGAGAGAGAGAGAAGGGGGCGUGCGUUCGUUUUGCGAAAUUAAUAAGUGAGAGAAGAGGGAGGCAGAGAAGUUCGGGAGGAGGGUCCCGAGGAAAUGGUUAUGGGGUGCUUGGAAUAUUUGCGGCGCCGAUUGGAGAUAUGAAGACGAUUAUUAUAUUGCCGCUCGUGCGGAUGAGUUAUUGCGUACGGAGUGAUCGCCGGGGGGACGAGUGAAUGCUUCUAUUAUCGAUACGUGUCAGGAGAGCCGGCUUUUAUUGUUGUUUUUUUAGUCGACGAAAUUGAACGAAAGACUGAUAAUAGACGAUAGGCGCGUAAUCAGAGAGUGCGCAAAGUUGUUUAUAUUCUAUGUCUACAAAAGCGAAGCUAAAUUCAUUGUUCUCGUACGAGUAUAGUGAGCGCGUUAUGAAAUAACCGCCGUCUGCUCUAAAAAAAAAAUCGUUGUUGUGAUUAUUACAAUGUGUGUACAGCUAUUCCUCACACGAUUAUACAACACCCCGAGCGCAUAUCAAUCACCGUCUCUCCGCAGCAAAACAUCAGAACCAAUAAGUAUACCUAACCGGCCAAUCGAGUGGGCGUGAAACUAUCGCCCCAUAAAAAUCUCCCCGCGUAAAAAAGUCUCUCUCUUUCACCCCAUAUCGCUCUCGACUAGGCGCAAAAGCGAGAAAAUCCCCCGUCUAAGCCCAUAUCAAAGCAAGCCGCGCAGUUAAUCAAGUCCCACGUAUACUUAGCGUAGUACACGCUAGCUCUCCCGGAAAAAAGAAAAAAAAGAAGCAUCGCCGCUAAAAUGAAAUAAAGAUAGCCACUUGCCGCGUCCAUAAAAAUCUCAAUCGGGGAGUAAUCCCAGCGGAUAACGAGCCGAGACAAAUAGUCCCGAGUGUUGCGGAGGGUCGCUGCGAGAGAAAAAAAGCGAGAGAAGAAGCAUUUUUCCGUGUAUACGUGUAUUAUAUGAGCGAAAAAAUGGAUGGCUGCUGCAGCAGCGAGCCGCCGCCGCGUGUCAUCUAGCUCACGCACGCACGCGGGGUCUUCGAACUUUCCAGAGAGAGAGAGAGAGAGAGAGAGAGAGAGAGAGAGAGAGAGAGAGAGAACGACGUCGAGAGCAAAAACGGAGAGAGAGAGAGAGAGAUGCGCCCUCGCAAUCAGCAGCAAGGGUGGAAAGGACCGGGGGUUGCUGCCAGCUAAGCUGGAAACACUGGACGUCACGCACCGGAGGUAUCCCGCUAUUGUGGUACGCGGCGGUCGAGGGGAGAAUUACACAGAGAGCCUGGGAGAGAGAUUGACGCGAGCUUGGAAACGCGAAAACGUUUUUAUUACAAAUCGAGCCCUGUAAGCGCCCUCGGGGGGCUUAAAACACUGCUUCCUCUACUUCUCCUUCUUCUCUUGCUCUUCUCAGCCGCGUCUUUAUCAAACGCGACACGGAUGCAUCGGCGAAUCUCGCCGCGGCGCAGCAUCGCAGCGGAUAAAUCAUCCGGCCAAUAAAGGCCAUCAAGAGCAACGGGCGAGGGGUAGUGUGGGGGCGCACAGACAACAUCCACACACAGGCAAGGUCGUAAAAUCGUCACCCCCCGACAGAAGGGCGUCUCUGCCUGCCUGCCGGACAGAGAGUCUGCAAGCGAAAGGUCCAGAUAGAGAGAGAGAGAGAGAGAGAGAGAGAGAGAGAGAGAGAGAGAGAGAGAGAACCAGGGGGAUACCGAGCGAGAGCAUCAGCGCAGGCGAGGAAAAGUGGCCCGCCAAGAAAAUUCCCAGCGCGGCUGCAGAGUUACACGCAGCAAACACGAAAGGGGGAAGGCAGCGCCGAGCGCCUGGCGUUAUCGAACCGGCGAUUGCGCGCUUGCGCCUCGACGUCACACAGACACACACUCACACACACACACGAGAGAGCGAGCUAACGCGUACGAGUUGAGAGAGAGAGAGAGAGAGAGAGAGAGAGCGCGCGGAGAGCGGUGGGGAACCGGCAGCAGCAGCAGCAGCGGUGCUUUUUCGAGCCGAGACUCUCUCAGUCGAUCGCCGGCGCAGGCAGGUCGCAGGCGACUCCCGGACGGACAAUCGCAAUCGACCUGGUGAUUCCGACGCCUGCGACUAUGUCCUCCACGCGCUCGGCUCUGCUCGUUACCAGCCGUAGUAUCGCCGACUGAAGUUCGAUUCUCUUUGCUCUUUAUUAUUUUCGUUAUUUAUCGCAGUGCGGUUGCAGCAGCGGUGAGUCGUACAGUGCGCCGGAAGAUGAUGGGUGAAACUCGCGGCGAGGAAAAUUAAGAGCGCGAGCGCGAUAAGCGAGGAGAAGGAGGUGGGGUAUCCGAUAAAAGCGCGCAGGUGUGUGUUUGCCUGCCGGCAGCGAGUGCUGACCUGAUAAAUGGAGAUAAACUGAGCCGCUCGAGCUGCGCGGCGAUAUCAACGCGGCGACGCGCGCGAUGACGAACACCAUGCCGGAGGAGGAGGUCCAGCUGACGGAGCUCCGGCCCGUCGAGCAGUCCUGGAUCAAGGGGACCGGCGACGAGGACGACAAGGACGGCAACGCGACCGACGGCCUCAAAGCUCUCAGGAGCUUCUCCAGGAGGCAGGUCGACGAGCUCGAGCACUUCGGAGCCGGCUACCCCAGGAAGCGCAAGGCCGACCGCUGGAAGCACACCGAGUUCGCCGAAGACGACGGGCAGGACGAGGAGGAGGAGCUGAAGAAGAAGACGACGCUGCAGGGCAAGAAGAACUUUGACGAGCUCAGCGACGCGUUCGACGAGGACGACGUCGAGUUCUACGGGGUGAACGGCGACUUCGAGUACCUCGGCGAGGAGAGGAACGACGACGAGAUCUACGUCUACCGGCAGCGGGACUCCUGCUCCAGCCCCGAGGCCAACGACGGCGACGACGACGACGACGACGACGACGGGAUCCCCAGCAAGGAGGCCGAGAGCGAGAAGCUGGAGAACGUGAUCGAACAGCAGAAGGCCAAACCCGUACCGGCGCCCAGGGGCAGGGGCAGGCCCAGGAAGAAGAAGCGGGGCUUCGCUGCCAGGCCCAAGAUCCCCGCUGCCGCCGCGGUGGAGAAGCAGCCCGAGCUUUCGAGCUCGGCGAUCGACUCCGAGAAGGAGCUGCAGAGCAAGAUCAACGACAUCAUCCAGGCCAACUACCUCCUCGAGCAGGAGAACAACAACCUCGUCGUCGAGAGCGAGGCCGGCUCCCGGGGCCAGAAGGACGCCUCCUCCAAGGAGAACGACUCCGAGGAGCCCGAGAAGAAGUACCGCUGCGACCUCUGCGAGGCGCGCUUCAAGGGCAGCGGCGGCCUGCGCAACCACUACAAGGUCGUCCACGCGACCGGGCCGCUCUUCAAGUGCGACGAGUGCGGCAAGGAGUUCCCGCUGAAGGAGCGGCUCAAGCUCCACGUGCGCACCCACACGGGCUUCAAGCCGUACAAGUGCCCCGAGUGCGACAAGAGCUUCGCCCGGGGCGGCCAGCUGGUCCAGCACCGGCGCACCCACAGCCAGGUCAAGCCCUACAGCUGCGAGCUCUGCUCCGGGACGUUCACCUGCGCGGCCAACCUGGCGCUCCACGUCAAGCGGCACAACGGCCAGAAGGACCACAAGUGCGACAUCUGCGGCCGCGGCUUCGUACGCCGGGACGCCCUGAAGAAGCACCUCGAGUGCCUGCACCGGGACGUCAAGUCCUUCCUCUGCAACAUCUGCAACAAGACGUUCAAGGGCCACCUGCCCCAGCACAUGCGGACCCACGCGCAGGACCGGCCCCACGGCUGCGCGACCUGCGGCCAGCGCUUCGCCCAAAAGUCCCAGCUCACGGUCCACCAGAGGACCCACUCGGGCCAGCGGCCCUUCCGCUGCCUGGUCUGCUGGCAGGCCUUCGCCCACUCGACCGCGCUGAAGCUUCACACGAGGCGGCACACCGGCGAGCGUCCGUUCAAGUGCGCCGAGUGUAGCGCCGGCUUCACCCAGCUGCCCCACUGGAAGAAGCACAUGAAGUGCAUCCACGGCAGGAGCGAGCCCUACCACUGCCGGCGCUGCAACAGCUUCUUCAGGAUCAAGAACGAGCUGGAGGCCCACGAGAAGGACUGCCAGCCCGAGGACAACAGCUCCGACCCGGGCAGCUCCCACGACGGCAUGUCCGCCAGCGCCCUAGCCCGCUUUCGCAACAUGUCCAUCGAGAAGAUGAGGCUGCUGCUGGCCGUGCUGCUGAAGCGCAUCUCCAAGCAGGAGCGGCUGGACGAGCUGGGCUUCGGCAAGAGGCUCAUCGACGAGGUCCUCGUGGACUCGCUCGUCUCGGCCGGCAAGCAGGUCGUCAAGGUCAACGGGAUCACCGGCGAGUUCGAAGCGCUCCGGAAGAACCUCGAGGUCUUCCUCGAGUGGACGGUGCCGAAGGAGCACUGGGAGAACUUCCGGAAGAUGGACAAGACUCCGGAGGAAAUACUCGAGACCCUCACCGCUACGUAAGCGUACGGGGGGGGGGAUGCUAUCUUCGCGGGACUGUUUGCCAAAGGGACGUUUCUUCUUUUUUCUUCUCUCUCUCUCUCUCUUUCGCCCCUUCGGACGUAUAUACAUAAUAUCGAUCGCUAUCUUAUUACGCGUGUUAUGUACCGGGCAAACAAAGUGGAUCUUUUAUGUUCCAUCGCUCCUCUCGGCCGCAGUGAUUUUUCUCGCGCGCUUGUAUGUUGUGCCCAUCCGUCGAUACACAUAGACGACGAGGGUAAAUAUUCUUUUGAUACGACUGUAUUCUUCUUCUUCUCUUCGAUGGAUAUAAUGGACUGUACUUAUUAGUCUCGGAACUCCCAUCAAUAAUUUUGUGGGCCGACUUUGUCAAAAGGGUUUCCGUGUUAAACGAGCUCUGAUUAAAACUUUUCCACGAUAUCAUGGACUUGGAUUAUUAGAGUUAGAUCGAGUUUUAGGGAGGACGUGCGUAACGAGGCGCUCUGUCUCCCACACGUAGUGCCAUAAGUUAGACAUCUGUGCGAUUGCGAAAUUUAAUCGAUUAUAAUACAGAAUCGGCCAAAUUGUAAGACGUGUAUAUUUUUCGUUGUGUGAAGGAUAGUACGAUAAUACUUGCCAUAGCGAUUAAGGUUGAAAAGAAUAGCGCACGAUAUUGUAUAGAUGUACGAUUAAAACUGCACCGCCUUUCAUCUGUAUAUUUAUAUUUAUAUAUACGUGUACGAUAAAUCCAAUCGUAUAAAAAUAUCGUCAAAGCUGUAUACCAAAAUGCAAAGUGUCUGUACCUCGUGUGUUUGUCUCUCAGAGACUUAUGGAAAAAGAGAUUUCGAUGCCCUGGUAAGGAGCCUCAGAAGGUCGCGACGUGACACACGCGCACGCGGUCGCGGCUUAAGGAGACUGUACUCUACGAAAAAGAAAAACAAAUAUACGAGCGCGCUGCGGAGAGAAAACUGUGCUAAGUGAGAUUUUAUUGUGUUCACUGACUUAAUCAAGGAAAUUUAUAAAUAUAGUUCAGCCUUCUGCAUUUCUUUUUGUCAGUCCGAAGGAUACAACGCAAAGCCCGAGUCGACCUUUUUGCCGAUUAUACAUAUAACACAUCAGUCGAUUGUUUGCCAAAUGUCUCUUUGUUGAUUUCGCGUUUCUGAUUUCGUUCUGAAGCGUAUAUUAUAUCACACGUGUAUACCGUCGUAUAGGGAGGAAAACAAUUAGAACAUGAACAACAAGAGACCAACGCGAUAUAAUAGUUUAGUUAGCGUAAGUAAAUGUGAGCAGACAAUAAAAGAGGGAUAAUAGAGUAAACAUAUAGUUAUCUAUAUAUUAUGCGAUGUAAUGGGCGUUUUAAUGUGUAUUUCGCGUAUAUACAUAUUUAUCCCGUUCUCAGAACUUUAUUAAGAGAGGCCAUAUCCACGCACGUAUUUGCGGAUGAAAUUUUACUUAAAUUCAACGGCAACACUUGAAAAGUAACUUAAUAAAUGAUUUUCUUAAUAUGGUUUACGCGAAUAUAGGUGCUAUACAAUCAGGAGUAAAGAUCACAGAUUUACUUUGAAGGCAAUAUUUAUUUGUUAUUUUUAUACUUAUGAAUAUCGAAUGAGUUUCCAAUACAUGUGAUGUAUUGAAUAUUUAUGUUUGUUAUUUUAUUUUCAAAUUAUAUAUAUGUGUGUGUGUGUACUAGCCGACGAUGAUACCUGAUCGUUAUUAAUUAAUUUGAACACGACUGAGCUCUGUACUAACUUAGUAUAGCUGAUAGUACUUGUAUGUAAUAUUUUGUUUAAUUUUUAGUUUUUCGUUUUUUUUUUCGAAGCAAAAUAUAUCACGUUUAUUUUAUUUUUCUACAUAUAAUACACGGUUGUAUAUCGCGACGACGCAACAAAAGGAUAUCACAAGAAAAUAUCUUGCACAUUUGAUAAAUGUACUUUACACGUAUAUGUAUAGACUAAAACAAAGCACUGCAUGAGUGAAAAUAAUAUAUCGAAAAAUACGAAAA